UCUGUCUUAGUUGUAGAUUGGUUAUCUAUAAAAGCUAUUCAUCAUGUACUAUGUAUUAGAGAGGGUGUGGUUCUGAGAUAAGGAACUGAAAAGUCUCCACAGUUCCUCCUGGGUAACCUCUUGAGAGAAGUUUCACCUUUUUUGGAAGCUAUUUUUUAAAACUCCUUGCUUUGUGGACAAGCAGAACUCAGUAGGCAAAUGUCUAAAAUGAAGAGCCCCCAAACUUUUGAGGAACAAACAGAAUGUAUUUUGAAUACUCUACUCACAGACUUCUUGGAUCCAACAUUACAGAUUGCUAACCGAAACCUACUUGUUGCAGAUGAACCAGACUCAGGAAAGGCUUGCUCUUUUGAUGUGGCUAUUGUUGCUGGUCGCCUUCGGAUGCUGGGUGACCAGUUCAAUGGAGAAUUAGAAGCUUCUGCCAAAAACAUCAUUUCAGAAACAAUGCCGGAGCAGGUAGGAGCUAUCCUCAAGGACACAAUACAGUCUCUCAGCAGGGACUGGUGUGCUCACAAUUCCAGCCUAGCUUUUGAAAUAGCCUUUCUGGCAGUGUCAGUGAAACUUCUUGAAUAUGUGGUCCACAAGGCUCCUAUUGAUAAGGCACGACAGGUGGUUAACCAUAUGACGGGUAUGAUCAAUGGGAACACAGCCAUCCGAGAGUUCAUCCAGGGCCAGGGAGGAUGGGAAAAUCUGGAGAGCUGAAGAAAUGAAGUUAUUCCUCAGACUGAACAGCACUUCCUCUUUGACAGAUCAAAUGACUGAUUUCUGGCAAUUAAGAAACAAAACCCACUUUCUCAUGUGGGUAUCAAUGAACUUAGCUAGUUGUUAUUUUCUACUGAUUGGUAAAGUUUGGAAUAGCCCCUAGAAGCCUACAGAGAUAGUAUACUUUCUGUUUUUAUGUGAGUUUUAACAAGAAUUUGUUGAUACAAAGACCUGUCACAAAGUAAUGACUUCUGAUUAGUGAAAUUCUUUGCUGGAGAUGCUUUGGAGGAAACAGAGCACAAUGGGAACUUUUCCUUCAGGUUUUGCCUUGUCUUUUGUUUUUCGUUUGUUUAUUUGUUUGGCUUUUUGAGACAGGGUCUCCCUGUCACCACAUGUAGACCAGGCUGGCCUUGAUCUCACAGAGAUCUGCCUGCCUCUGCCUCCCAAGUGGUGAGAUUAAAGGCAUGUGUCAGUUUUCAUUAAAGAAUCUUGUUGCUGAAAGUAAUGGAUUUUCUUUCAAAUUCACAUAUACGUUUUAUGUUACUUUCACCUGAGCAGAAUUUAUGUCAUCCAUUUUGGAUUUUAAAGCCCAGAGUAACAGAUUGUUCAUUUUCCCUCCUACUAGAAAUGUCAAAGGGAAAUAAAACAGCGACUGCAUUUUUACUGUCAUGGGAUAUAGGAAGUGCCAGCCCACAUGUAGGACAGUUGGGUCACCCCAACUUAGCUGAUGCUACUUGCAUACUACAGAACUUACCAAAGUGUGACUCAUACAUUACUUGGGGAUCUUACUGAUUCGCUGAUUGCCAGAUCCUGUUGCUAUAGGCUGAUUUUCUAGGGGUAGCUAAGGCCUAGAAACCUAUAUUUUCAGCUCAACAGGAAAUUCUGAUACAUACAGUUUGAAAGCCAUCACUUUAGAACAAGAAUUGACAUAUGACACACCACAGUCCAAAUUGGCUUACUGUCUUGUUUGGUAUGUAUGCCCCUGUUUAUGCAAAUGGAGAUCAGAAGAGGGCAUGGAUAUCUUCUAUCACUGUCUACCUUAUUUUUUGACAGGGUCCCACUGAACCUGAAGCAGUUUUGGUUUCAGCUAGGCUGGCCAGUCAGCAAGCUCCCAGGAUUCACCUGUCUCUCUCCCCCAGUGCUG